AUAACUAUUACUUUGUCGAUGCUAAAAGUAGACGAUUAAAAAUGGUUGCCUUGUAACAGAUCUGUCAAGCGAUAUUUUAUUUCAUUGAAUUUCUACAAUGCGAUAAAUACAACAGUACGAAAUUCUUAGUUGUCAAUGCGUUUAAUAAUAAAUUCAAAGUAAAUGCAAGAAUCGAUCGAUUUCUACGAGAGAAAAUAUAAUUUCACCGUCUAUGCUACCAUAUGUGUAAACCAAGCAAUCGCAUAUUUGAACAUUUCACUCAUAUUUGUUUGCUACAUUGCUAAAUAUACAUUUGGAAUGAAAAUGAAGAUUCCAAGCAAUCACUCUGGGAAUGACUAUGGACAUGAAACAGGGAUUAUCUCUUACAUGGACAAUAAUUUUGAAUCUGAAAUUGAUGUGCAAGGAUCGGAUGAAAGUGAUUUCUCUGAAUACUUGUGGAUGGAAAAUGAGGAAGAAUUUGAUAAAGAGGUAAUCCAACAAUUAAUGGAAGAAGAACUAACAGAAGAAUGCUUAAAAGCAAUGUGGGAAGAUGAAAGACACGAAAGGAACACAAAUUCUAUUACUUGGUCUACCGCUACAAACACAUUUGAGAAUAAUAGUGCUGAACUUUGUCAACAACUCAGUCAUUUAAAAAUGCACGAUGAUCUUGCUAAGCAGAGUACACUAAAUCCAAAUGCAGCUGAAUUUGUCCCAGCUUUUAAAUCGGCAGUAACAGCUGUAAGUACACCACCAGAAGUUACUGCAGAAUCAUCAUAGAAGCAUUCACCAUGCAUUCUUUCCUUUAACCCAAUAAAAAAUGAGCUACGUGUAUGGCUAACAUCCACAUUCUUUAAUGACACAGUUAUAUCAAUGGAAUUAUAUUAAGAGUUAAAUGACUGUGACUACACGUACAAAGGUAUACUGAACAUCAAAGCGGAUAAUACAUAAAGCUGUUAUAUAUACUAUUCAAGAUUAAUGAAUUCAGUUGCAUAAACUUAAAUUUAAAAAAAAAAAGCUAUUCAAAUUUUUAUAGUCUUAAAAUAUUGCAUAAUAUUAUAAACAUUUAGUUUUACAUAUAUAUAUUUUGGCAAUAUAAUGAGCAAUGGUAUACGCAUAAAUCACUGAUAAAUAUUUGCAAUUUAUAUUUCUUAUUUAAUUGGGGAAAAGUACUUUCGAAAGUAGAUGUUUUCGUUAGUUUUAUUUUGUACAAAUUACUAUAUAAACUGAGGCAGCAUACAAAGAAAUAAUACGCUGAUUUUCGUGAAUUAUGUUGUACAUAAUAUUUAAAGAUGAAUUGCUGUAUCCCAGCGAGCGUAUCUUCUUCUUCUUUUUUUUUUUUUUUUUUAAUUCUUUCAGAAUACUUGUUUUAUUAAGAUCUGAAAGUUUUUAUAAUGUAGUAAGAAUUUCUAGAUGAAAUACUUUUCUAAGAGUUCCUUUUAUAACACUUAUUUUAUACUGGUAUAUAUCUUUUGCAAUAUCAUUGACAUAAAUCAUCAACAUGUACUAAGGUCGUAAGAGUGAUGUAAUUAAAAUGUUGCAUCGAAAAAUGUAUUGCAUCUAAUACAUAUUUUGUUGCUAAAACAUA